UCGUGAAAUGUUUAAACACCCCAGCCCUGGCAUAAAAUUCAAAACAUGUUGGCGUCGUCUGUCCGGAUUUCUUGAAAGGAAUUGGAUAACUGAGAUCAUGGCCAGCAAAGUAGAGAUGCAGUACAAGCUUCUGAACUCCGAGCUGAUGGAGCAGGUGCAAAAGCAGCGCCUGGAGAUCGGCGAGUACCGGAAGCGGGUGAUAACGCUGGAGCGCGAAAACAUGGAUCUGCGGGAAGAGCACAUUCUGGAGAAGGAUCGCCAGCGGCUGGAGAACAUCGGCAUCGUGCGGAGUCUUAUGCAGCGCCUGAAUGUGAACACCGAGUGCCUGGAGUCCGGGGUGACCCAGGAGCCGGCUCCCGUGGUCAGCAGACCAACUGGCCCGCGUCGCAGCUCCAGGGAGAUCUGCGAGGACAUUCGACGCACUUGCGCCUUGGCUCGCACCACCAGAACCACCUCCCCCAGGAGAUCAAUCACGUCGAUCAGUACCAUUCGCUCCAGUCGCCGUUCCAGCGCAGAGGUUGUCCCCGAAGUGGAGGCCACAAAGGUGGCAGAGAAAAGGAGAGCCAUGAACACACCUCCGCCUCCUCGAAGACCAGCGGAGUUGCUGUUCGAUGAGGACGAAUCGGACGAGGAAAGUGAAGUCACCAGUGCUGACCAAAACCAGGAGCCGCUGGCUGACCAGAACCAGGAGAACAAGCUGCUAUUCAGCAUAAUUGAGGAAAACGACAGCGAGACGGAGACCACAGACUCGUCCUCAUCCUGCGAGGCCAUCUACUGUGACACCACUAUAGAAAGCAGUCCCACGAAUGUCCAAGCUACCGCCCCUCCCUGUGGCCGGGCUCUACGGGAAGUGGACACCAAUGUCCAAGAGGCAGUGGGGUUGAGGCGGGGAAAAGAGCCUGUGAAAUCCAGGCUGGCUGUUCAUGGUACUGAAGAGAAUAACGUUCAGGAGUCGAGUGCGCAGCUCACCACGCGGACUGUUCCCGACUCUGAAGAGGAUUCCUUACAUGAGCCGGUCAUACAGCGCUCUAGACGGGCUGCCGCUAGACUCAAACACUCGUCUGUUCGCGACGCUGAAGGAAAUUCCCUACAGGAGCCAAGUAUACAGCAAACUAGAAGAGCUGCCACUAAACCCAAAAACUCUUCUGUUCCCAACGUUGAAGGGACCUCUAUAUAUGAGCCAAGUAUACAGCGCUCCCGACGGUCUGUCACAAGACUUAAACACUCGGCUGUUCACGCAGCUGAAGAGGACUCCGUAAUGGAGCCGAGCAUACAGUAUGCCAGACUGGCAGUCACUAGGCCUAGUCACUCUUCUGGCAUCUUUCCCGAUGUCAACGGAAACACACCGCGGCGGAGCAUGUUCAAUGGUAUUGGCCAAGUGGCCGGUAGCACCAGCACUCCCAUUGCAGCUAGACACAGAACUACAGCGCCAAAGAAAUCGGAUCAAAUGGAUAUGUCCAGUUCUUGUUUCAGCUCUAGCGGUCGACCGAGUCGAAGCUGCAGGCCAACCAGUUUAGUGGAGCCCAGUCUUAGGAAGAAGUUACGCAACGAAUCUAAAGGCGAGGCCAAGAAGUAAACAUCACGAUUGUUUUUUGUUAAUAUUAUUGUCUCAUAUUUUAAUCCCAUUUUGUACAAUUUCAUAUUUUAAAAGCGUGAGAUCACGUUAUUUUAAAAGUCGAUACUUCAUUUUAUUUAUAACCGAAUAGCAAACAUCAGACUGUUAUUCGCUUGUAAAAGCGGACAAACUCUCAUCAUCCAGAGAUCGGAAGGAAGAUUCAUCAUCAUCAUCCAAAGAUGCCAAUAGGAUUUUAUAUUUGUACGUCUUAAUGUUACCCUUAAAAUACUUUUGUGAAUAAAACAACUUUCAAGUUGA